CGAAAAAUUGAAAAAAGAAGGGAGAUACAAAAGGAUAAGCUCAUCCGAACUCCGGGACUGCUUCUCCGACGAAAUGGACGUUCUUCAGUCUCUCUCUUCAAAAUCAUUCCUCGUGAGAGCUUCGCCGUCGACACCGCUGCAUGUUCCUGUCUGCUUGCUUCGCUUUCGGCAGUCGGUGAAAAUCCGUUGCGCCGACAGUAGUAACAGUGGCGGCGACAAGACACAGCCGCGUGUUGUGCCGCCUAUUACGCCUCCGGAUACUGUUGAAAUACGGUUUAAGAGAGGCUCGAAGAAGCGGAGGCAGUUGAGAGAGGAUGGAUUUGGGGAAGGACAGCCGUUGAGGGCGCAGGCGUCUCAGCCGACUCCAAAGAAAUGGGAGGAGAUGAGCGUGGCGGAGAAGGCGAUGGAGUUGUACAUGGGAGAGAAGGGGCUGCUCUUCUGGCUUAACAAGUUUGCGUACGCUUCCAUUUUCAUUAUGAUUGGAGCUUGGAUAGUUUUCCGGUUUGUUGGACCUGCUCUCAAUCUUUAUCAACUGGACUCUCCUCCUCUAUCUCCCUCGUCUGUGUUUAAGGGUUCAUGAUUCCAUAUCCGCCAUGCAAAUUUUGGAAGGUUGUUUUUUUACAGUUUGCAGAGAUAUUGUAGCAUCAACUACACAUUAAUGGGUAGUCUUAAGUAAUGAUAUUUAUCAAUUUUGUUAUCACUUCGAUCCCAUGUUCACCUUGAAGACAUAUUCUCAAUCACAUAAAGAUAAAUUUUUUAG